CCUUUCUUGUUUCUGCUCGGUAAAGAGAACACUCAGUCACAGUCCAGGUGUUGACGUGCUGCCCACCUGUCCCUCAGCAGGUAUGGCCCCCCGUAAAGGAAAGGAGAAGAAGGAGGAGCAGGUCAUCAGCCUGGGCCCUCAGGUGGCUGAGGGGGAGAACGUCUUCGGUGUUUGUCACAUCUUCGCCUCCUUCAACGACACCUUCGUCCACGUCACUGACCUGUCUGGAAAGGAGACCAUCUGCCGUGUGACGGGCGGGAUGAAGGUGAAGGCGGACAGAGACGAGUCGUCUCCGUACGCCGCCAUGUUGGCGGCGCAGGAUGUGGCGCAGCGCUGCAAGGAGCUGGGCAUCACCGCCCUGCACAUCAAGCUG